AUGGAAACUACUCGAUCGGCGAAGAGGAAGAACAGCUCUUCGACCCGGAGCGAAUCGCCAAUCUCACAUCGGACUAGGCAAAGCUUGGGAGCAGCAGAUACCGCCCCCAACAAACAGAGCCCCGCAUGUACUACGCCCAAGAGGUCAAAGAAACGAGUUCGGUUCUCCGACCCUGGUCCCCGCCUACUGCAAGAUGUCGAUAGUGGGUCGACUGGUCUGACCCCAGCAAUGCGUCGUACAUCAUUCAACCUAAGUGUCGGAGACAGCACACCGAGUCGGUCCGCACGGCGGAGAUCCGCUCCAACACCAAGAUAUACCCGGUCUUAUGAUCCAGUCGAGCAUUUCGACGACACAAGCACCGAGCGCAGAGUCCAAUUCACGCCUCUUCGUCAGAUCUUGGAUACACGCACUCAGAGGAGAAUCAAACGCAUCGGGCUGAGCGAUGAGAUCAAUCAUAUUGAGCGUGAAAAGCGCGACGCAAGCAAUUUUGAGAAGACGAUGCAAGCCCUGCGCCAGGAGCGAGACUCUCUGAAGACCGAGCUUAGGUCCAUGAAGCGGGCUUCGCUGGGCUUUGAAGAGCCGACGCUGGAAGCUAGCUCUUACUGGACUACACCCCACUCUCCUACAUCCUGCGAAAAUGCGUCAGUGGUUUCAAGUCAUAGUAUGGAUGAGACCACCUACAUGGCUAGCGGUGACGGUGAUACCUCCAUGUUCAAUGACAGUGCAGUCAUUGUUUCCAGCUCGCCUGAUAUCCGCAAUACUCGGAAUCUCAACCCACCUCUUACUGAAAGUCUGAUGCUAUUUGAAGAGCCACAAGCGCCUUUAGUCCCAACUAAAUUGCGCUUUUCGGACGACAAAAAGAGACCAGAGAGCGAAUCCCUGGAACAUGACUUGGCCACCGCUAGAAGAGAGAAGAAGAACCUCUUCGACGCGUGCCGGUCACACAUCUCUCAGCUGAAUGAGCCUGCACUCGAUGCCUUGUUCACAGACUCUUCGCCACCCCCAGACUUCUUCGAUAACCUUUUGAAUAUACUGUCAAGCGCUCUUGCUCGUGCGUCAGAUGCUGCAGAGGCUUUAGAAGGUGUGAGCCAAGAGUGCUCUUCUCUCGGGUUCUCUGGAGACGACGCAAACGACAUCUUGUCUGACAUGCGGAGUCAUUUCCGAUCUGCACGACUCGAACUUGAACGUGCCGUGCCGGGUGAGACUCCCAACGUCAGCCUUGAGGACGGGAAGGGAACUCUGACCGCGCUUGUCCAACGCGUGGAGUCUCUAGCCCGAGAUUUGGACACAGAGCAACAUUAUCACCAUGGCUCUCUUGGCCGAGAGAAGGCUCUGCGUGGACAGUUUGAUGCUCUAUUACACCGAUACGAGGCAGCCGCGACCAAAAUCGAUAGCCUGGAGAGCUCUAUUGCAUCUUCCGCUGGCGAUAUGCUUCACACGCGCAUCAAAAUGCAAAACCUCGAGAGCGAAGGCCAAGAACAGGCCAUUGGGAUUGACAGAUUAAACACAGCACUCGACAAAUAUCACGAUGAGGUGAAAAGCCUGGAAGACCUCAUCGACAACCUUGAGAAGGAGAACUCAGCAACAAAGGAAGACUACGCCAGGCAAAUCUCCAACCUUCGGAAGAAGGUGACACAUGAGCGCUCAAAGCGUUCUUUAGCUGAAGCCUCUGCGUCUUCAGCCGAGUCCCGUAUUCGAGAGUUGGAGCAGACGGUUGAAACCAAUCGAAUCAAAGUCUCCGACUUGAACACUCAAGUGGAGCAACUUGAAAAGGAACAGCAUAUGGCCAUUGAGCUUCUUGAGAAAAAUGCCACAGAGCUCCAAAGCCAGGAGGCAAACACGGGAACUCUGAACGUUCGUAUCUCAGAUCUCACUACAUCAUUGGAUGAUGCCAAGUCUGAAGUCAAACGUCUCGGCCUCCUCAACACUGGUCUGGAGCAACAACUCCACGACGAAAUCGAAGCUCGCGAUGAGCUUUUAGACAAGUGGGCCGCGGACCAAGUGAGGUCAUUUGCCCACAUGAAGGAGACUAUCACCUCACAGCGCCGUAGAGCCAAGGUGCGUGCUGCCAACUGGGAGUUGAAAUCUGAUGAUCUCAUGUCGGAUGGCACCAGUACUAUGGGGUGUGCGAGUGAGCCCAUUACUCCGGUCAGCAUGACUCGAUUUGUUGACGUUGAGGUCGGCCGAGGGAAGGACCGGCGACGCAUGGACAGUGGGAUCGGAAUCAUGCCUGAGAAAGAAAUCAUGGAUGAUGAAUCCAUCUCAAAUAUCCGGCAUGGACUCGAUUCUGAUAUCGAUCUACCUACGUCGGACUUCAGUUGA